CUGGUGGUGAAAGAGAUGGGCAAGCAGAAGAAGAAUGGAGGUGUAGAUAAAUCAGAGGCUGUGGAAGUUGAAGAAUUUCAUCCUCUAAAUGCUGCUCCAGCAGCAGACACUGGGGAGAAUGAUGAGUCAGAGGAGGAAAAUCCUGAAUAUGGAAAACCACUGAAGUUUGAUCCAAAGUUUCAAGGUCCUGUUCGUAAAAGAUCAUGUACAGAUAUUAUAUGCUGUCUGAUAUUUGUGGUGUUUGUGUUGGGGCUAGUUGUUGUAGGAUAUUUUGCUUUCACAUAUGGAAAUCCAAGGCUUCUUUUGUACCCUAUGAACUCUGACAAAGAGCUUUGCGGUUUCGGCAACCAGAAUCAGAUUUGUGUGACAGAUUGUCCUACAGAAAACUGGCAUUACCAGCUAGCUUUAAAUGAUAAGAAAAAGUUAAAAUAUUGUAAACCAGGAAUUGAUCUUGACACAACAUCCAAGAGUGUGAAAGAUUUGGUAGGAGAUGAAGAAUGUCCAGCAUAUCUCCUAGACAGCAAACCAUUUUUAAAUCGUUGUGUACCUAAAGCCUUGGUGAAUUUGUUAGAUGAAGCUGGAACUCUUGCAGAAAAUCUCCAGAAAGAGAAAAACUUAACUGAUAUAAAAGACAAGAAUAAUCAGACUCUUACAACAAAAGAUUUUGAUGAUGGUCUCAGUGCCUAUGGAUUAUUUUUGAAAGCUAAAGAAUAUGGUGAAAAAGUGAUACAAGAUGUGGUGGCCUCCUGGUGGAUGAUACUAGUGGGAUAUUUAAUAGCCAUGUUUGUAUCAUUAUUGUGGAUUAUAUUAAUGAGAUGGUUCGCAGGAAUCAUGGUUUGGCUGACAAUUCUACUCUUUGUGGCAGUAUUUGGAUUUUCCUCAUUUUGGUGUAUGAAGAGUUAUUUUGAUGUAAAAGAUACAGAACAGUCCUUCCAUAUUCACAUGGCCAUCAUGACCUUCACCUUCUCCAAAGAGAAAUUCUGGCUGGCUUUUGGUAUCAUCUCUAUCGUAAUUCUGGCUAUAGUUAUACUAAUACUACUUAUAUUGUGUCAGAGGAUCCGUAUAGCCAUUGCUUUGAUAAAGGAAAGUAGCAGGGCUGUUGGUAGUAUGUUGAUGACGCUGAUAUUUCCUGUGUUUAUUUAUGUGCUGGAAGUGUCAAUUAUAGGAUACUGGAUUGUAUCUGCUGUUUACCUAGCCUCUUCUGGCAGGGAGCCAACAUUUGAUUUAUUGAAUGACACUGAUAUUUACAAUGAAAAUGGUACAUAUAACUAUGAUGAGAUCCAAACAAAGACUAAAAGUCUCUUUGAUGAAAUUCCAUGUGAUGCUGAGACAAAUUCAACUCUCAGUGAGGUGUGUGGAGUAUUAAAACAUGCACAAGAAGGGCAAUAUACAAUGUACCUACAAAUCUACAACUUAUUUAUGUUAUUCUGGAUGGUAAACUUUUGUAUUGCCCUGGGAGAGAUGGCCCUUGCCGGGGCGUUUGCCUCGUAUUACUGGGCUUUUGAGAAGCCAAGAGACAUACCCACGUUUCCCUUGUUGACUUCAGUGUGGAGAUGUUUUAGGUAUCAUCUAGGGACACUGGCAUUUGGAUCCCUAAUUGUUGCCAUCAUACAGAUCAUUCGUGUGUUUCUAGAGUAUCUAGACCAUAAACUCAAAGGAUCAGAAAAUCCAGUUGCUAAAUUCUUUAUGAAAUGUCUGAAAUGUUGUUUUUGGUGCCUUGAAAAGUUCAUUAGAUUCCUCAAUAAAAAUGCUUACAUAAUGGUUGCCAUACAUGGGAAGAAUUUCUGUGUUUCUGCAAAGAAAGCUUUCAUGCUGAUCUUUAGAAAUGUUGUCAGGGUUUUAGUUGUUGACAAAGUGACAGAUUUUCUUCUGCUGAUAGGUAAACUGCUCGUAGUGGGAGGAGUAGCAUGUGCCUCUUAUUUCUUCUUUGAUGGGAAAAUAGAAUUCCUGAAUACAUACAAGCCAACACUGAACUUUUAUGUCACACCAAUUGUUCUUGUUGUGCUUGGAACAUAUGUGAUAGCGUCUAUAUUCUUCAAUGUGUACAACAUGGCGGUCGAUACCCUUUUCCUUUGUUUCUUGGAGGACCUAGAAAGAAAUGAUGGAUCUCAAGAAAAGCCAUACUACAUGCCGAAAAAUCUUAUGAAAAUUCUUGGAAAAAAGAACAAAGAUUAUGUGGAGCCUAAUAAAUAAUAACAAUUUUAGUGUAUGGCAUUUACACAAGACAAGUGCAUCCAUAACAUUUCCUGCUUUAUAAUGUGAUUCAAACAUACUAACUUGCAGGAAUGUUCAUUUUGUGCCUAGAUAACAAAAGAAACACAGACUUUUUUAUGUAACACAGAAAAAGAGCAAAUCCAUUUUUGUAUAAUUAUGUAUAUGUAUUUUUCUAAGAUAAUUGUAUGUUUAAUGUCUCUCUGUAAAUAAUUGUAGCUAGUAAAAAUACAUAUGUACAUUUUGCAAAGCAAUGCAAAGAAAAAGGUCAAAUGGUUUAGUUGUAUAAUGUGCAAAAUUUCAAAGUGCUUUAAUUUUUGAUGGACCAAAAUUACAAGUGUUUUUCUUUUGUAGUUCUUUGAAAGUUUCACUUUGGUAAAAGGUGAAUGUUUUACUUUGGUACUGGGUGAAUAACAGGUGAAAAAAUUUUCUUUGGUACUGAGUGAUAGUUUCGUAACAGUUGGUUCUCAGUGAAAAUUAUUGGUGCUGUGAGAAAAAAGUAACAAAUUGCAUUAUGUAAAGCAAUACAAGAAAACUCAAAAAUGCUUUACUUGUACUGUGUGUGAAUUUCUUUAUAUUUUUACAAAGUACAAACACUCAUGUGUUGCAUUUGUACUGUGUAUAUACAAAGCCCUGUGUUUUUCUUAUACAUACAUAAUUAUAGUGCAAAAUAUCCAGUACAUGUACUUCACUUUAUGCAAAGAUUGCAAAAAGGAUAAUUUCUUUUUGUUUACAGAGUGCUGAAACACAAUUGCUUCAUUUGUUGAUUUUUGUGUAAAAAAAAAACCCAUACAUGUAUAUUAACUUGUACAAUGUACAAAAUACCACAUAUGUGAAUUAGUCCCAUUUUUGAACUGCCGAGUUAAUCUAGUAAUAAACAUACUAUAUAAAUAGCACUGUAUUUACAUGUACAAAUGUUUCAAUUUCUUUUCUUAUUAUUCAAUGUUAUCAGGGAUAUAAAUUAUGCUGUAACGUGUGGCAAAUGUUGUAAAUAAUUCUUAAAAAUUUGUAUGAAAUACAAAAACAGUGUCAAAGUGUGUAAUAUUUAGAUUGUUUUAACUAUGGCAUGUGAAAAAAGGGGAAAAUGCCUUAUGACCAUUACAUUGUUGACUGGCAUCAAUCUCUGUUGUUGUUAGGUUUGUCGUAAACUUCUGUGUCAGAGAUUGAAUGUCCGCUUUGUAUUUAGUUAUUUUUGAUCAGAAAAUACAAUAAAACAAUAUUAGAAAUCUUAAACCAUUCUGGAAUUACUUUGCUUGAAAAUUGAUGCGCCUGUCUUUGACCAUCUUUACGCAGUGAUCUCCCCUGAAAUUUUUGGCUUUAGUGUACAUAUAAAAGGGAAGUAACCGCUUCAAAGAAGUGGACUACUUUCGGCAUUUGCAAUUAACAACAUUAGACUCUGAAAUUUUGCUACCAUUAUUUGUUUGGUCUGACGACCCAAACAAAUAAAAAUUACAGUCAUUAUUACAGUCCAUGACAAAGCAAGAGAGAGAGAGAGAGAAAUAAAAAGAAA